AUGUACGACACGUCGGCGGUACCGAUUUUCACGGGACAAAACUACUCCGCGUGGAAGUUUAAGUUCCAAGUGCUCAUGAUGGAGCGGGGACUUUGGGGUCUCUUCGAUGGGACGGAGAAGAAGCCGGACGACGAGAGCGACAUCGCGGCUUGGAAGAAGAAGGACCAAAAGGCGUUCGCUACGCUAAUCUCGCGGAUCGGCAUCAACCUCGUGAGCUCGGUGCGCACGUGCAUCAAGCUCGAAGCGUCGGCGCAUGAGGCGUGGAAGCGGCUCGAGACGAUUCACGUAAACAAGACUCUCCACGGCAAGAUCCUAGCCCGGAAUGCGUUCUACAUGGUGAAGUGGCGCGCCAGCGAAUCGAUACACGAGUAUGCGACUCGUGUGGAGGAACUCGGGGAAACGUUCGUAGACCUCGGUGGAACGGUCACGGAGGAGGAUUGGAUUUUGACCUUGCUUUGCGGUCUUCCGGAAGAGUGGUCGACGGUGAUAACGACACUCGAUAGCGUGCAAGACACUUGGACAAAGGAAACGGUGGUCGGUCGGCUUCUCCAUGAGGAAUCGCGUCGCCGACAAUUCGCUAAUGAGAGCGUGGAGACCGCCAUGUUCUCCGGAGGGAGUUCCGGAGGAAAGUCCAAGUGGAGCAAGGGUGCGACGAAGAAGUCGUACGGUGGAAGCGAUCGCGGCAAGGGGAACACAUCAAACGGCGCGAGCAAGUGCCACUAUUGCGGCAAAGCGGGACACUUUUGGCGAGAGUGUCGGAAGCGCCCGAGCGAUUGGACUCCAUCAAAGGCGCGGAACCAAGAGGGCAACGCGCACACGGCAUCCGGCGAGGCGGAUGAUACAAGGGAGUCGAUCGUGUUAUUGGCCGGUGACGGGACCAACACUCCAAACGACGCGUGGUUCCUUGACACCGGCGCAACACAACACAUGACGCACUCGGCAUCGUUCCUCACCAACGUUGUUGCACCGGGAGACGUCACGCGCGUCGUCUUCGGAAACGGCAAGUCGCUACCGGUGGUCGGAGUUGGGAGUACGCGUCUCAUCGUCGAUGGCGGACCGGUGGACAUCACGAACGUGCUUCACGUCCCGGGAUUGAAGGUGAAUCUACUCUCCGUCACUCAACUCGCGAAGAAGGACGUGAAGGUCACCAUCGAUGGCGCGACGAUGAACCUCUUUUGGAAGGGGAAGCAAUUCGCACAAGGCGUUCUCAACGGAGAACUUUACCAACUCAAGACGCACCCGGGAGCGGCUUCAUCCAACGUGGCGCAAGGUUCCAAGGCAACUCUCAAGGCGUGGCAUAAUCGACUUGCGCACGCCAACUACGACUCGGUCAAGGAGUUGGUCAACAAAGGACUCGCGAAGGGAAGGAAACGCCUGUACAACAAGUUUAAGUUCCAAGUGCUCAUGAUGGAGCGGGGACUUUGGGGUCUCUUCGAUGGGACGGAGAAGAAGCCGGACGACGAGAGCGACAUCGCGGCUUGGAAGAAGAAGGACCAAAAGGUGUUUGCUACGCUAAUCUCGCGGAUCGGCAUCAACCUCGUGAGCUCGGUGCGCACGUGCAUCAAGCUCGAAGCGUCGGCGCAUGAGGCGUGGAAGCGGCUCGAGACGAUUCACGUAAACAAGACCCUCCAUUGCAAGAUCCUAGCCCGGAACGCGUUCUACACGGUGAAGUUGCGCGCGGGCGAAUCGAUGCACGAGUAUGCGACUCGUGUGGAGGAACUUGGGGAAACGUUCGUAGACCUCGGUGGAACGGUCACGGAGGAGGAUUGGAUUUUGACCUUGCUUUGCGGUCUUCCGGAAGAGUGGUCGACGGUGAUAACGACACUCGAUAGCGUGCAAGACACUUGGACAAAGGAAACGGUGGUCGGUCGGCUUCUCCAUGAGGAAUCGCGUCGCCGACAAUUCGCUAAUGAGAGCGUGGAGACCGCCAUGUUCUCCGGAGGGAGUUCCGGAGGAAAGUCCAAGUGGAGCAAGGGUGCGACGAAGAAGUCGUACGGUGGAAGCGAUCGCGGCAAGGGGAACACAUCAAACGGCGCGAGCAAGUGCCACUAUUGCGGCAAAGCGGGACACUUUUGGCGAGAGUGUCGGAAGCGUCCGAGCGAUUGGACUCCAUCAAAGGCGCGGAACCAAGAGGGCAACGCGCACACGGCAUCCGGCGAGGCCGAUGAUUCAAAGGAGUCGCUCGUGUUAGUGGCCGGCAACGGGAACGAAACUCCAAGCGACGCGUGGUUCCUCGAUACCGGCGCAACGCAACACAUGACGCACUCGGCGUCGCUCCUCAACAACAUUGGCGCUCCGGGAGACGUCACGAGCAUCGUGUUCGGAAACAACGAAUCGCUACCGGUGGUUGGAGUUGGGAGUACGCGUCUCAUCGUCGAUAGUGGACCGGUAGACGUCAUGAACGUGCUUCACGUCCCGGGGGUGAAGGUGAACCUUCUAUCCGUCCCGAAACUUGCGAAGAAGGGCGUGAUCGCCACCAUCGACGGUGCGAAGAUGAACCUCUUUUGGAAGGGGGAGCAAUUCGCGCAAGGUGUUCUCCACGGAGAUAUCUACCAACUCAAGACGUACCCGAGAGCGGCUUCAUCCAACAUGGCUUCAUCCAACGUGGCGCAAUGCUCUAAGGCAACUCUCAAGGCGUGGCAUAAUCGGCUUGCGCACGCCAACUACGACUCGGUCAAGGAGUUGGUCAACAAAGGACUCGCGAAGGGAGUCGACGUGAUCGCCGGCGACGACGAGAAGGGCGUGUGCACGGCAUGUGUCGAAGGAAAAAUGGCUCGCAAGCCAUUUGCCGCCGCCAUGGGUCGUAUGCACAGUCAUGGAAAGGGUAUUUCGCGCUCCGCCCUGCCCUACAAGCGCACUCCUCCCAGCUGGUUGAAGAUCUCUGCCACCGAGGUCGACGAGCACAUCUGCAAGCUCGCGAAGAAGGGUCUGACGCCGUCGCAGAUCGGCGUCAUUUUGAGGGACUCCCAUGGUAUCGCGCAGGUGUCCGGCGUCACCGGCAGCAAGGUUCUGCGCAUUCUCAAGGCUCACGGCCUGGCGCCCGAGAUCCCCGAGGACCUGUACCAUCUGAUCAAGAAGGCGCUGGCGGUGCGCAAGCACUUGGAGCGCAACCGCAAGGACAAGGACUCCAAGUUCCGCCUCAUUCUCAUCGAGAGCCGCGUGCACCGCCUCGCGCGCUACUACAAGUGGACCAAGAAGCUGCCGCCCAACUGGAAGUACGAGUCCGGCACUGCCAGCACCCUUGUCGCCUAA